AUGGAUGAACUACGUCCAAAUUUGGUUGGUGGAUUGUUGGGCUUGCAGCAAGGCUUAUUGGACGACCAUGCGGCUAAUAUGCAGCAUGCUGGAGUGUCGCAGGACACAAAGUUCAUGUCGUUUCAGGAUAAUCGUUUAAUGGGUAUUUCCUCCUCCCAUGAAAACCGUCUGCUCGGUCUGACCUCAUCGAUGCAAGACACCCGUUCUCCACUUACCUCCAUCGACAAGGGCUCGCUUAAUCACCAACGCAAAUGUAGCAGCACACCCGAGGAUUUCAGUUCAUUGUACUCUGGUCUACCUACACCUGGCAUGGACUCGUCAUCACAUCAUCAUACACCCGCGCAUACGCCACCAACGCGCCUCUCUGACCAUUCGAUAUCCGCGGAAGGCGCAUUUAAGAAGCUCAAGCCUGAACCUAAUACGGGCCUCUCGUCGGUUUCCGGCGGUGUUACGUCGCCCGGAAACGGCUUAUCUUCGUUAAGUCAACAUGCCGGCCAUACACCGACCACAGCAUCCUGCCCGACUCCAGCGAGACGAAGACAUCGUACGACGUUUACACAGGAGCAGCUGGCCGAGUUGGAAGCCGCGUUUGCGAAGUCACAUUACCCGGAUAUUUACUGCAGAGAGGAAUUGGCACGAACGACGAAGCUUAACGAGGCACGAAUACAAGUUUGGUUUCAAAAUCGACGGGCUAAAUAUCGAAAACAAGAAAAACAACUGCAAAAAGCAUUGGCGCCAUCUGUGAUCCCAUCGUGCAACGGUAUGAUGAGAAAUAUUCAAGGAUAUAGCGUAUCGCGUGGUUAUCAACCCUACCCGCAUCACAAUUCAAUAAAUCGAUAUCCGCAGGAUCUUUUCCAAAUGGGCGCUUCCUCUUAUCCCGGCAUGACGCAGCCGUUCUCAAUGACACAUGGCACCAAUAUGGGUUCCGUUGGCGUUCGUCAGGAUUCCAUGGGCAUGUCACCGGAAGAUGAAUGGUACAACAAAAGCUUAUCUGCCUUGCGUAUGAACAGUUCGCACCAUCCUAAUUUGUCAGCGCCGAUGUUGCAAUAUCAAACAUAAUCGAAGACCUUUGACGACUUCUUUUAAAAUACAAAUGUUGAGUUAUAA